AUGGCAAGCGAAGAGGUACCAGCCGCUGCUCCAGAGGCCCCGGAUGCAGGAGGAGAGGACCAGGAAAAGAAGGAGAAACAGCCUGGCGGUCCUACCUUGCCUCGUCAGCGUGUGUCUACUCACCAGCAUCUUGGGCAGGUCUUGGACUGGCGAGGAAACUAUGGCUGGAUUAUGCCUGUGGAGCCGAUCCGCCAUCCCAAGGCUUCAAUGAGGCAGGGGCGGAUUUUCAUCAGCCGAACUGACCUUGCCAAUGCGAAAGACUUGAUGGUCGGCACGUUCGUGCAGUUCCAAGUGUUUGAGGAUGAGCAGGGCUUGGGAGCAGAGAAAUGCUAUGUUUGGAAAGGCCCGCCCAACUUCAUGUUCUUUAAAGGCAAAGGCAAGGGAAAAGGCAAGAAAGGCGAGAAGGGGCCCAAGGGGGAAGGUGGCAAGCCCGGCGAUGAGAGCAAGGAUGGAAAGCCCAAUCAGGCUCCAGCGACCAAAGGACCCAUGCCUGGAGGAGGCAACAACAAAGGCGAUUCAAAAGGCAAGGGCGGCAAGGGUGGCGGUCGAGGCCCGGGAGGACCACCAGGAGGCCCAGUGGGGGGCGCCGGCCGAGGACCCGGAGGACCCAAAGGCGACCGACCAAAAGGCGGCCGCAAGGGUGGCAAAGGAGAUGACGGCAAGGGAAAUGCAGGAGGAAUGCGACCGUCUCCGGGUGGCAAUGCGAAGGGCGGAGGCCGUGGCCCAGGAUUUGGAGGACGUGGUGAUGGUGGCAAAGGACGCGGCAAGCCACAGAUGGGCAUGGGAGGUGGCGACCGUCCGGUCCCAGCUGCAGGAGGCGCACUCGGAGGCGCUGGAGGAGCACCGCCACAGGCAAAUCGGCCCAGCCAGCAGAUGCCAACGGCGAACCCGCAGCAACCGCAGGUCCCCCAGCCACAGAUUCAGCCGCAACUGGGCAUGGGUGGAGGUGCUGGCGGCUUCGGCUUGAUGCCAGGAGUGCCCAACCUCAUGGAGUUCUCUGGGGCGGGCACCCUCGGCAUGUCUGUCCCGCAGGGCCUGCAGGGACUUCCAAAUCUGCAAGGACUCCAGGGCCUACAAGGCUUGCAAGGCUUGCCGAACCUCCAAUCUCUGGGUCUGGCCGGGAAUCCGGCCUGGGCCGCUGCCUUUGUUCAACAGCCACAGGUGCCUGCACGCAACAUGGGUGGCAUGCCAAACGCUGGAACCGGACCCGCCGGUGGCCCAUCGAACCCAAAUUUCGGCAUGCUGCCUGGCUACAUGGAACUGGGUGACAACCUCCGUGGCUUGCAGGGUGGGGGACAGCAGGGUUCUUACAAGGGAGGUUUGGCCGGAGCCGGCCAAGGAGGCUUCAUGGGCUGA